AUGAUUUUUGCCCCCUGCCAGCUGCAGGAUAAAUAUCAGUGGGUGCGGAUCCACCUCUACUCCACCUUCGUUGAUCUAACGAAGGACUUCAAUACGGUGAAUGCCGAAGGACUGUGGAAAAUCAUGCAGAAAUUCGGUUGUCCUGAACGAUUCACUCAGAUAGUACGUCAGCCCCACCAUGUCAUGAAGGCGCGCGUCACGGACAACGGACCCGUCUCAGAGGCAUCCGCAGUGACCAACGGAGUGAUGCAGGGCUGCGACCUCGCGCCUACCUUCUUCAGUAUCAUAUUCUCUGUCAUGCAAAUGGAAGCCCACCGUGACGAACACCCUGGGAUCCUCACUGCCUACAUUACGUCAGCCAACUCUUCAAUCAGCCGCGGAUUUACUGCCAGUCGCAUGUAUCCACGGCUACCGUCCAUGAACUUUUCUCCAUCGACAACUGCGCAUUGA